AUGUGUUUUGUGAAUGCCCAUUUAACAGCUCAUGAUCAUAUGCAAUCCGAUCGCAUAGAUGAUUAUCAUGACAUAAUAAAAGAAAACAAGUUUAGUCCUAAACUUGUUGAAAGCAUUUUAGAUCAUGAUUAUGUCUUCUGGAUUGGUGAUCUUAAUUUUCGGUUAAUGGAUGAAGAUUCUACUUCUGCUGAAUAUAUUGCUGAUGAAGUAUCAAAGAAUCAUUUAAGUAAAUUAUAUGAGAUGGAUCAGUUGAACAAUGCAAGAAUAAAAGGUGAAGCGUUUAAGGAAUUUACAGAACAAACACCAAACUUUAAGCCAACCUUUAAAUAUGUUGUGGGUACUCAUCAUGAUUAUGAUAUGAAGCGUCGCCCAGCCUGGACAGAUAGAAUUAUGUACAAAGUAAAAAAUCACACAUCUGAAAAUAAAAAGUUAAAGUUUGAGCAAUUAUCAUACAGAAGUCAUGAAGGUUAUACUAUUAGUGACCACAAACCGGUUUCAAGUAACUUUCUAAUACCUAUUUGCAUGCCCAAAAUCAGAUCACGCCCCAUUCAAAAGUGGUACACCAGAUGUAACAAAAAAGUUUAUGAAGAUAAUAACUUCUGUAAUAUGGAUGGUGAUCAGGUAUCCGAGCUAAAGGAAGAAGCACAAGUUAAGUUUGCUUCAAUAGCACUGUGGAAGUUAGACAAAGAGAAUAAAGUGGAGUACACUAUUAAUCCUGGUGUCGAGAUUUCAUUUGAAGACUGGAUUGGUGAUGAGUUUAACAGCCUUGACGAAUAUAAGGAAUAUAUGUAUGUUAGAAAUGGAAAUAUUAUGGAUACUGCAAAUGGACAUAGUUCAUCUAAUAGUGAAAUAACUGCACCAAAGUGCUGCAACAUAUUGUUUCCUGACACCAGUUUACAUUCAGCAGGAAUGUACCGGCUGAUAUAUUUUGGAGUCCAAGAUGGUUCUACAAGCAUUUUGGGAAUGUCUGAAGCAUUUCCAGCUAGAAAGGAAGACUAAUUUUUUAACUAGUUCUAAAUAGAACUAAUUACAUGCUUUUGUGGUAACAUGUUUUUAUUCUACAUCAGUACCUUUACUUAAUUGCUUACUUAUAGGUAACAAA